AUGAAAGGUGGUUGGGGUGAAGAAGACUUUCACGCAGACACUGUCGUAACCCACAAUCUUCUCGUCGGAAGGGAAAAAAUGAUGGCAGAAGAGCGGUGUGAAAGAGGUAGACCCCCCCGAACGGAAUACAGAUCUCUCCUUCCAGCCAAAGGGUGCGGAGGGCCCCUCCAGGGUACGAACGGAACCCGCAUGCGCCAACCCCCGGGCCCGCCUUGCUGGGGGCCCCCCUUCUGCCCCCCUCUCAGAGAGGCAGCGGAUGGAUCGACUUCUUCGAGUUUUGGAGAUAAUUGGCAGACAGGCCGCCCUUGGAACUCUGUACUUCAUAACAUUGGAGCGCCAGCCAGUGCGUUUCUUAGCUGUAUCGACGCCUCGGAGAAGAUCGACGGGAGACUGCACGCCGCCGACUGGCGAAAUACUUCUCAAAGGACACGGCUUUUGCUUGGCCCUUCUCCACCUCCGUCCUCUGCUAGCCCAAAUGUUGGGCCCUUCUCGAAGCGAGGGGAGCUCAUGCUCUUCUCUGACAGGAGCAGCCUUCCAGAGGCACUCCUCAGGUUCGACUUUUCGCGACAGUGCAGCGCCUGCGGAAGCGUGCCGCUGCUCUGCCGCUGCAAGACUCGCGGCAACUGCAGCUCCAGCAUCCCUGCCAGCAAAGCCACCGAGUGCAAAGCUAUACUGGGGGGCCCCGCAGCUGCGAGGAUACGAAAGGAGCAACAGCUGCAGCAGCAGGCCUCCUUGUUGCGGACUACGCUACGCUGCUGUGUGGGGCAGCAGCUCAAGUGUCUGCUGACCAACGGCUGGUGGGCUGAAGGGAAGCUACAGGCUCUGCGUGUUGCUCGCAUCCCUGAAGCCUGCAUCAUUAGCCCCGGCAGCAGCGGCAACGGCGAUAUCACCCUUCGAGCAACACGGGCUGCAGCGAAUGCUGUCAAGAACGCAGUGUUUGACACAGCGGCCUCCUUAGGGUCUUGCGCAAGGGCCCCAAAGGGGAUUGCAGAAGCUGCCUGA